UGAAAUUAGAAGGCCCAAUUUGUAUAAUUUGGGCCCAUAAACGCGCAGUUCAGUUUAGAAGACUACAGCCCAAACUGAUGGAUUGAAUUUCUUGCCUCCAAUAUCGUCUCUCCGAUGUCCGGCUCUUGUAAGAAUUGCCGCGGCAGGUCCAUCUUCCGCGAUGAUGUUCCCGGCAACCUGAUUUUCUCCUCUCCUGCGGUAUUGUUCAGGGCACAUUCGUCCGCGUUGGAACCUUAUAUUCGGGCAGCGUUUAAAAUUAUAAGGCCAAGAAAAUCUUUGAGGCUUAAAAAGUUCAUGAUGAUAUUACGUUUAGGUUAGGAUUUUCUGCUUCCAUAUCAAGCAGUGUUAGGAUAUUAGUAUGGACUUGGUGAUUGGUUCACAAUACUUGGUGCUCGUGCUUACGUUUCUAUGCGUAAGCAUAAUCGUCCUUUAUCAAUGUCGGAGGUUGCAUCGACCCUCGAAUGUGAUCUUAAUGAACUUGACAGAAUGGUUCUCAGAGUCGUCGAUAUUUUGGAUUUGAAGGGGCAUGAGUUUCCAGUGUUUGACAUUGUGGAUUCAUUAGGGCGGGCUGCAAGUUACUCACCAUCUUCCUCAAAAGUAGAAGCAGAUAGACUCGAGAGAAGUGUUAAGCAAGGCAUCGUUCUGUUACAGUAUGCUAUGAAGUGGUUUCUGACGACGACUGGGCGGCAACCGCUACCGAUAGUAUAGCAAUAGAAUAUUGUGAAGAGUGCUCAUUUUGCGAUUCAGUAUAUGAAGUUGAAAUCAAUCUCAAAUGGCAGUGGUAAGCGGAAGAAUUUGGAGAAAGUGAGGAUUGAUUUGCUGGCCACAGUGAGCGAGUGAUUAAGAAAAGAAGUAAGAGUAUGAGAGUGAGGUUAAUAAUUUAGACGAUGAUUCUCAAUAUUUUGAGUUACAAGGAAAUAGUUGGCGCGAUGUAUCGAAUUGGCGUGGCCUGAUGCAUCCCUCGUUUGAUAUUGUUGGCUGAUAAAGAUUUGGGGCGUUCAUCUAUGAAUGCAGGAAGAACUUGAGUUUAAAAUUAUAGCAAUUGCUUGGAUUUCUGGCUGGCAAAACAGACGAUGAAUUGGACUAGAAAGCAACUCCUUGUGUUGUUCUGAAACCAUCUAAUUGUUUUCUGCCUUGUCUUGUCUUGAGGCUCUCUCAAUGACAAUGAUUCAACUCUCGCAAUUUCCGGCAGCUGGAACGAUUCUCCUGAAGGUGUUGACCAUGGCAACUGUUUUAAGUAACUGCCUUGUAUUUUCUACCAAUGUUCCAUAGAGACAUAAAGAGGGAGGCUUGUUGUAAUGCGUAUAAAUUGACUGUUGCUUCCCUUCAGCUUCCUUGUACACUUGUUCUGUUCGGAGAAAAGCUUCUUCAGGACCCUCUUCAAUUGCUAUACAGACAUGACUGUAACAGAGAUGAGAGUUCACAUGGACUGUACGGGAUGUGAAAAACAAGUAAGAAAAGCUCUGGAAAGUCUACCAGGUGUGGAUGAUGUGAUAAUAGAUUUAAGCAUACAGAAGGUGACUGUGAUGGGGUGGGCAAAGCAAAAGAAGAUUCUGAAAGCAGCGCGGCGGAAUGGGCGGACGGCAGAGCUGUGGCCAUACCCUUACAACCCGCAGUACCAUGGUUUCAUCCACCACUACCAGCAUUACCUCAACUCUCCUCAGCAUCACCACCAGCCUCAGCCUCAGCCUCAGCCUCAAACUAAGCCAAUCAUCACCUACAAUUCACUGUCUUCUUCUUCCUUUCACAAGCACAAUAUGAGUCCCAUCCAUGAGUAUAAUAGCUACAACUACAGCGGCAGCGAUGCUGACGACUACGGCUAUCAUCAAGAGCCACCCUUUUCAACUAUUGAUGAAGAAGCUGGUGCUAUGUUCAGUGAUGAGAAUCCGCAUUCUUGUGCUAUUAUGUAAUGCAAGUUUGUGUAUUUUUUGAAUAAUGUACUUAAUUUUUUUUUAAUUAAGUACCUUGAAAGUUAUUUUAUUUAUAAUUUAGCCUCUUUUUUUUUA